CAUCAAUACAAGACAAACAUCCGAACGCCGAAAGUUUUGCGCUUUGGAUUAUAAGGACAAAACGGGAUCACGUCUCGACGGACUUUCACGCGUUUUAGAUAUACCUCUCCGAGGAUAACGUCCUGACGUAGGUUCUUGUGUGGGAGCUGAGGCCUUUCCCAGACACAACAGAAACCAGAGGCUGUGGUUGAUUUCAUGACUUCCUCCUCAUUGUUUGCCUGUCUGUGUGACUGGAAACCGGCAGUGACAGACAGAUGACUCCGGUCGCUCUUAAACCGGGCUUGUGGAGAAACUGGACCUGGCUCCCCUUUAGAAGCAGUGACUAAUCAAGGCCGACUGCAGAGCGCCAUGCUUUUCCCACACUUCUGAGGCAACGUAACCCGUCAUUCUGACCUUGUUGCUCAACUCUGUCCAAAUUAUCCCAGCACACUGCUGCCAAACUGCUGAAGUGGUUUGCACACAAUCCUGCACCCAGUGGUCAUCUUGGAGUUCAGCGGCAAAGAGCAUCAAGGAAGCAUUACCACAUCACUCACAGUUCAGCUCCCCGGCGUUGCCCUGACCUCCUGAACCCUGACUCGAGCUGACCUCUCUUCAGACUCUCGGUUUAACCAGCUCAGCGUCUCUCAGUAUCAGAUCUAGAGGGAGAGAGAGAGAGAGAGAGGAGCGAUCGAGGAGACGCAUAAGGAUACCAGCCUGCCUGGAGCUGCACCCAAACAUCAAGGGAGUCUGGGUCUGAGAGAUGGCCUCUUGCUCUGAGUUUUGUGUGUCCGGUCAUGCCGUCGACUCUGGCUGUCAUGUUUUCGGAGUGCGCUCCUAUUUGCACCACUUCUACGAGGAGUGCACCGCCUCAAUGAGGGAGCAGCAGGAGGACUUUCAGGGCCAGAGAUCACCGCUGCGAUGGAGCUCAAGCUUCUGGAAGGUCUCUCUUGCCGUUGGAGUCGUGCUCCUGUCAGUGGGGCUGGUGGUCUUGACAGUGGGCUAUUCCAUCCCCACUCGCAUUGAGGCUUUCGGCGAGGGAGAACUGCUGUUCGUGGACCGGCAGGCCGUGCGUCACAAUCGCUCGCUUCACAUAUGUGUUCUGGUCGGGACGGGGCUCCUCACUCUGGGAGGGCUUCUGAUGGCAGGCGGGAUCCUGACGUCUAACCUCUCCACGACUCCUGCAAAACAGGAAGACUCGAGAGGAGAACGGAAGGGGGGAACCAGGGUCCCGAGCGCAAUGAGAAGCCCGGCAGACCCUGUAAUGAAGCCUCCCAGCCCGGUCUCUAGUGACGGAGGAGUAUCUCCUCUCGCUAGGGACGAUAAAGUUCAGCAGUGCUCGUAAAAGAGCUGCGUGACGAUGCUUGUUCAAGAGUGCUGUUGAAGCAGUCAACAAAAAGCUCCUUGCUUAUUUCAAUGAGAAAUGUGGGAGUGUCUCGUUUGUGUUUGACAAUUGUGUGUUAAAAGAAUUAAAUCGGCAAGUACCUGUGCCAUCUGUUGUCCAGCACUUGUAUAACUAUCACUGAAAUAGUUUUUGUAUUUUUGUAUAUUGCAGUACUGAUCAAACGAAGAGCCACUAAGCAAUUGCAAGGCAGCAAAAGAGAUCUGAAUAGUUUGGGGUCAGUAAGGUUUUUUAUUUUUUACAAUUAACAGUUUUACCAUUUUUUUUUUUUUUUUUACAUUUUCUAAAUUUCUAUUCAUCAAUUUAUUACGGUUUUCUCAAAAGUUCGAAGCAGCACAGCUGGGUUCAACAUUGCUAAUAAUAAAUGUUUUCUUUUGAGAAGCAAUUCGUGAAGAAUCGCGUGACAGAGUAAUGAUGCUUUGCAUAACGGGAGUGAAUUACGUUUGAAAGUAUAUUAAAAUAGAAACAUUUUUAAAUUGUAAUAUUAAUUUUUAUUGCUGUAUUUUUAAUUAAAUGCAAUAUUUGUGAGCAUAAAAACAACAACAAAAGCUUGCCAAACCUUAGAGCGGCGUGUAUAUAAAAAUAUACUAAAACUCUAAAAUAAAUAAUUAUAUUUAAAGCACCUUCUGUACCCGAUAUGUAUGUUUUAAUCUUUAAAAACAGUUAUAGAAAUACCAAUCACAUUUCAGCGUGCAAAUAUUCAGUUAUUAAACGAACUGGUCGGAAUCUGAAUGCUGAAGAUUCUAAACACAAGUUUGAUUGGAAUCUGACGUUUCGUUGUUCACUUCAGAAUUCAGAUUAUCAGCAUGUUUGAGCAAUAUCGAUACAGAAAGCUUGCGAACGCUGUAGAAAUGCCAGUCCUUCACAAUAAUAUGCACAAACCUACUGUCUCUCUGUUUCUGGAUCCCUGUUAUCUUUUCUAUCAGAUAUUCUGCUCUUACGCGUAAGAUAUCAGGUAACGGUUUUGUUUUCUUACUGCAUUUUUGCCCUUUACUCUUUCAUGAGCUGCAGUUGUGUGAAAGACUAAAUGGGAUUUACUGUACACAACACCGAGAUUGACUCAUCUUAUUGUCUCAUUGUGUCAUAGUGUAUAUAAACGCUCUUCUCUAAACGAGCCCAAUAAAUCAAUGUCAGCAUACUCAA